AGUGGGAGAAUGAACUUCUACAGAGCAAGAAACACCAAAAAAAGGCCAGAUUUGGCAAUGCACUCCUCAGAUGCUUCAAACCUCUUAUCAUCUGGAUUAAUCUGUUGACAUUCCUCGUGGAAAUCGUUCUUACGAUGAUGCAGCCAUAUCUACUUCUAUGGUUUAUUCGGUAUUUUUCUGGAGAAGAGGGCUACAGUGAAACAUUUGGCUGGCUUUGUGCUUGUGGAAUAGGGGCCAUUUCCUUUAUGAAAGUAACCCUAUUGAACUUGAAGAACUGGAUGGAAGACCAGUUGGCCAUGAAAAUGAAAAUAGCAUCUUGUGCACUCGUAUAUAGAAAGGUUUUGCGAAUACAGUCAGCAGAAUCAAGCAGUCAUACUUCACUUGGCCAGCUUGUGAACAUACUUUCCAACGAUGUCUCUCGCUUUCAAAAUGCAACCCCAUUUUUCUGUUACGUCUGGGCCUCUCCCCUUCAGCUGAUUGUGGCAAUUGGAAUACUGUGGUCUGAAAUUGGACCCUCCUGUUUGGUCGCCUUGUUGCUUUUUGUUACGGUUCUCCCAUUUCAGGGUUUUAGUGGUCAUAUGCUUGCCAAGUUUAGACAUGCAUUCAGCAUUUGCAGCGACAAGCGUAUUCACCUCAUUCAUGAAGUAAUUACUUCAAUUAGAGCCAUCAAGAUGUACACCUGGGAGAAGCUCUUCAUUGCUGUUUUGAAAAUAGCAAGAAAAAAUGAAUUAGCUUCGUUAAGAAGGUUAUGCAUUGUACGAUCUGCAAACAAUGCAUUCUCAAACUGUACGGCGAAGGGAAUACUGUUUUUGUGUCUAAUGACAUAUGUGUACACUGGCCACCUGCUCCAAGCAGACAAGGUAUAUAUAACAGUAACCAUAGUGAACAGUCUACGUACAUCAAUUACCGUAUACUUCGUACUCGCAGUGUUUGGGAUUUCAGACGUCUUAGUAUCCUGCCAGAGAUUGCAAAGUAUAUUGGAGAUCGAGGAGAGAGAUGAAAAGGGAGUUACACUGACCAGCAAUAUAAACCCUCGACCAAUACCCAAGGCCUGUAGUUUGUUGGUGCAUGAAGUGGCCGCCAGAUGGAGCACCACGACCACGAAGAAUGUACUAAGUUUUGUAUCUUGUUCGGUCAGCGCUGGGGAACUUCUUGCCAUCAUUGGCCCUGUUGGUUCGGGAAAGGGAUCCCUUCUGCAUGCCAUCAUGAGAGAACUUCCUUUGUUGUCUGGGAAGGUGUUUGUUCAAGGCAAGUUAGCCUAUGCAGCUCAGAACCCAUGGGUUUUCUCAAGCACUGUGCGAGAGAAUAUUCUGUUUGGCAAGCCAUUCAAUGCAAGCAAGUUCACCGAGGUUGUUAAAGUGUGUGCCUUGGAUUGCGACUUGAAGCUGUUCCCCAAAGGAGACCUAACCAUGGUGGGGGAGAAUGGUUCAGCCCUCAGUGGUGGCCAGAAGGCUCGCAUCAACUUGGCCAGAGCAAUAUACUCUGAUGCAGACAUCUACCUCUUGGACGACCCCUUAAGUGCCGUUGAUGCUCAUGUGGGCCGUUACAUUUUUGACAACUGCAUCAUGAAGUACCUAAAACAUAAAGUGAGGGUCCUUGUCACACACCAGGAGCAGUAUAUCAAGGCAGCCUCAAGUAUCCUUGUCCUGAAAGAGGGCCAUGUGGAAUUCUAUGGAUCAUAUCAAGAGCUGAUGAAUAAAAGCUUUGAAAUUGACUCCUUGGUGCAGAAGAAUGACAUUCUAGCAUCCAAACAGGGAGUUGCAAAAUCCAAACAAGAUGAAAAGUUUAUUCAUUUGGACAGAGAAGGUAUGAUAUGUGCAGUGUAUCUUGUAUCAUAA